CAUUAAUAAUUGCAUGGACGUAACUGCUUUACUAGCGUUAAGUGCUGGGGCAGCGUUCGCAAGCACUGGAGCCCUUUAUGUUACGGAGAGAUUGAGGUUAGGUCCACGUGGUGGAACCCAGCUGGUCGUAAGAGUCGCAGUCAACACUCCCGGAAGAAAAAACAUUACAGUUGAGGUUACGGGCUACAGCGCCGACAACUGCUCCGUGUCCUAUACAUCAUUCAACAAUGAAACUUUGGUCGGUUCCGUGAUCCGAUCCGCCAGUGUUUUGGUACUUCCCGAGGGCCUUCACCGUAGCGAUACACAGAGUGCCUACUUUUGUGCUAACGAGCACCUGGCUGUUUCAUCGAGGGGGUCCUGGGAGUGGCAGUGGGUGGCUGCCCCGAGGAAUAGAGCGGGUCUCGUACUGGAACUCAGAGCUCAGGGUGCCGCCCAUGUUGCCCUAUCGGCGAUCAGAGAACCUUCCGAUGACAUGUAUCGAGUUGUGUUCGAAAGAAGUCGUGUGUGGAUAGCUAAAGGCCGACACGGAUACGAUGUCCACCUAGCGAGCGCAGAACAAACUGAAAGCGAUGAAGAGUGUGGCAGUUCGGGCUGGUGCGCGUGGUGGGUGUGGUGGGAAGGAGGGAGUGUAUCGGUGGGGCGCGGCGCAUCACCCUCGCAGAGAAGACUUCUCGUGUGGCCAUUGGCGUCAGAUAUGAGGAUCAAAUACGUCGGUUUCAGUGCACUGUGGGGAGACAAAGCGGAUUUCAGAAUUUGGAACUUCAAUGAAGAAGCCGGCUUCUCGCAAGUUCUAGAGCUCGGCUUACCUCGAGGCGUAGUUCCUGGUUCAGCAAGCGGAACUCUUCUAGUCUCGGGAGGUCUUCAUCUGCCUCUGUACAGUCUUCAGACAGAUUCCACUGAUCAAUGGGCAGAUGUAUGGAGAGAUUCGCAACUUUCCGCAGCCUCGGCUAGUUUAGCACCGUUGUUAGCUUUGGAGCACAUACCUCACUUAGUCGAGGAUUCCGAAAGAGAAAAGAUAUUGAAGAAGUUGCCGGAACAAGUCCAGGUCCUACUAUCGUUCCGUAAAAGCGACAAUUCGUUCAGUGACCAUCCCGCAAUGAGUAGUCAUCUGUCGACAAUAAAAAUAUUAGAGAUACUCACCAAAAUACAAUCAUACUACCCGGUGGACCCCGAACUUCUCCAAAACAUCAAGAAAUGGAUUCAGAAUCGACAAAAUCCAGACGGUUCGUUCACGCCCAUGGUAGCUGACAAGGAAGUGGACUAUUACCCGGUUGAGAUGAAAAAAGUUAAUGGAACUGAACAAGAAAUUGAUGUUAAUGAGUAUUACUAUUAUGAUAGAGAUGGGAAUAUGACUCAAGACGAAAUCGAAUGGGAAAGAAGAGUCGAAGUGACUGCUGAAACGCUGGCUACUCUGCUAGAAGUUGGAGUUGAAAAUCAGAGGGACGCAAACGUUGCCCAAAAAGCUGAAAAAUAUUUAGAGAAGAAUUUGCGUAACUUGACUUCACCAGCAGCACUAGCGGCCACCGUUUUAGCGUUGGUACUUGCAAGGAGUCCCGUGGUUCCAGACGCGUUGCUGAUACUUAGGAACGCUUCGACAACGGAAGAAGGCGAAUUCGGUUGGCCGGCUCCUAGAAAAGAUGCCGCAGACUGGCUGUUGGAAGAAACAUCUAGAAAUAUUAAGACCACUUCUUAUGAGGCGGUGACAAUGGAGCAAUACGUGGCUGGUGUCCGGGUGCUUCUUGCUGCUUGCGCGAGAGGAGCGCUGGCGGAAGGAGAAGCCGCUGCCAGAUUCCUUUACUACCGCGCUUCCACACUACAGCGACACCCGAGUCUGGCUUAUGUCGCUACGAAAGCUGCGGCUCAGUACGCUGCUUUGGCUCAUGACAGACAUCGCGCUCUGACAGUGUCUUUAGCGACUGCCGGUAUGGAACUGACAGACACGUUGGAGCUCCGAGCUCGCACUCCGCCACGUCCUUUGCAGCUGCCAGGUCUCCCUACGAAGGUCUUCGUCUACGCUACAGGAGCUGGUUGCGCAACUGUCCAGGGAACCAUAGCGUAUUCGACGUACACGCCCAAACCUGAAAACGCGUUGCUCAACAUACAAGCGGCAAUCAUUGAAGAGAUACGCCCUGAGAGAAGCACCAUCGAAGAUCUUCAAGGAAAACUGCCCACUUUAAUUAUCAAGACUUGUUUCAAGUGGAAAGGUAAAGAGAGAUCCGGAAUUAUACGUCUUGAAUCAUCUUUAUUCUCUGGUUACGAACUGCACACAGUAAACCCGGUUGUAUUGGAUGGAGCAACGUUUGCGGAUUUACACUAUGGAUCCAGAGGCGAAUCUGUUUGGUUCGUUUUCGCUAAUAUAAGUUCCACAUGCCCUGUGUGCGUCACAUACGAAGCUAGAUCCAAAUUCGUGAUCACCAGUCUACGGCCCGCAUUUGCUAAAAUCUAUCCAUCUACAAGACCCGAUCUAGCAGUCGAAACCUUCUUCCACGCUCGUCCAGGAAGUCUGCUAUUGAGGGGAAUAACUGACGACGACUUCAUAACUUGGUUCGAUAAAACUGAAUUGGCUAGUUUAAAAACGAACUCCAACAUCGAUAAUAUUUGCGAGUGCGGGCGAAUUUGUAGUAGAGAUUACGAAUUUAAAAAGCAUUUCGAGCCGGAAACCAUCGAUAUUCCUGAAACCACAACUGUGAUCCCCGAGAGAGCUACAGAUACAACAACAACAACUACUGAAGCUACAUUCAGUACCACAGACUCAACAUUUACGACCAGUAAUCCAACUACAGAUUACACUACAAAAAUUCAUAAUUUUACAAGUCAAGCACACAAUACUGACGAUCCAAUAAUUGUACCAACUCUAACGUACAUUAAAACGUCUACUGAUCGGGAAAUCAGUAAUGAUAUUGCACCAAUCAUUGCGAAAGUGAGCAGCGAGCUGAUUGUACAAAAAGACAUAAAGCCGAAACUAUUCACGAAAUUGGAUGAUGCUAAAAACAAACCGUUGUCGCGUAGAAAGGGUACUCUAAAAGCUACGUACGGUGAUAAACAUGAAAAAUUCUUCACGAAACCCACGGACCAUCCAAUAACAAAAGAAAACGAGACAUUAACAAAUAUUAACCAAAAUAUACAUAAACUUUAUACUAAUGAUUCUGUAACAAAAAUUAAAACACUUGACCAUAGGAACUUUACGAAGACAGCCAACAAGUUUAGAAUUACAAACAAUAUUACUGAAAAAGUAUCUACGCAAGCAAACAGCACAGUAAAAGAAAAACAUAUUUUACAUUUGAAUGUGACUAAUGCGAAAACGGCAAUGAAAUCGUAUAAUAAUACCCAUAAAAAAACGAACAAAAUCACUUCAUCACAUUUGAACGCAUCAAUCAUUCCUCACACUAUAACAGCAAUAACAAAUAACAACAUACAAUCCAUGCAUUAUCGAACAAAGAAACCUAAACCAGCUACUCAGAUCAAAAAACCCAACAUACACAAUACAACGUCUAAUGAAACGCAUCCAGUAGACGCGGGGAACAAAACCAAAAAACACAAUUUACAAGAGAAAUACCAAGCAAAGCCCUUAAAGUCUAUAAACAAAGAAAUACACAAAUUACCUCCAACCCCGAUAUCGGAGACAUCGAAAACCCUAGCAAAGAAUCCUAAAGCAGAUAUAGCUCCAGAAAACAAGGGUACUUUUGAAAUAUUAAACAAAAAUAACCUAUGGGAGAUGCUUAAGGAAGGCACACAUUCUGAUGAUGCACAGGAUAAAACAAACGGACUCCUACAAAACGUUACUAAUUUAGAACAAGACAAUCGUUUACUGUAA